AUGGCGGCCGACCACGAAAAACCCCCGCCGCAACGACUAGGCUCCAACAACGACCGCUCGAGUGCGGUAGACGUCGUUCUCCGCGAGACGCAGUACUUUUAUGCUGUGGUUCUGCUCGCCGCCUUUAUCGGCUGCGCUGCUUGGUACAGUGUGUACAAUGCUAAGAAGGAUGAGGAUCUCGUGCAGCCCCUCGUCAAGGGGCCCGGAGGGAAGCCCUUGCCGAUAACGAAGCGAAAGAAGCGCGACAACGGCGAGCGAAAGAUAGGACCCCGCUUCGGCCGAGCCGCGAAGAACGUGUUCCGCUACCUCGGCGGCGUCAUAUUUCUCGCCUACGUCGCCAGCGGCGCUUCCACCUUCAUACAUGCCUUCUACCACGAAGACCCUUACCAGUGGUCAAGAAACGGUCUACCAUGGGCCGGCGAAUGGACCGUGGUCCACCUCACCGGAGCAACCUUCUUCUACCUAUACAUUCUCUUCUCCCUUUUCGACUGGCGGAAGGGACCAAAUAUCGUUCAUCUCGUUAUUUGGAUCCUCGGCCUUACCGGGGAAAUUGUCCUAUCGACGUCCACCUUCAUCGCCGCGGCGGAUUGCCACUUCGCUCGCUCCGCGCGAGGGCUCGACUCCAAAGGGGACUCCAGCUGCGUGGACUACUGGACAAAGGUCGACCUGAUUCUGUACUUUGUCCGCAUCCUGCACCUACUGUUGUGCAUCUCCCUCUAUUGCGCUGCCUGGAUUUUCAAGGUUCGCCGGGGCGACGAAUCUCUCGAGGAGGGACAGGCAACGGAGUCGACACCGUUGCUGCUCAACGGCUCCGCCACCCACGCGUCGUACGACACACAGAAUGGGCACGCCCAGAAUGGACGGGUUGAGCACGUCGCCGACGGCCGGAUCGAUCGACGACGGAGUCGGUCCAGGUCAAACGCAAACAAGCCGACUGGCAAGAGCAGACAAGGCAAAGACGAGCCUGCCGCGUUUUAUCGCCCAGAAAAGCUCCCCCACAGGACGUGGUGGGAGUACAUGAGGGGAUACUCGCUCUUCUUCCCCUACCUAUGGCCAAAGGACUCGUUUAUUCUGCGGUUGCAUGUCCUGGUUUGCUUCGGGCUGGUCAUCCUGCAGAGAUUGGUCAACAUGACCGUGCCCACACAAAUCGGCCGUGUCGUUGACAAGCUCGAUGCCGUCAUCAACGACGUCAAGCGUGGAGAGCCCUUGACCGUCGAGAACUUCCCGCUCUGGGAUUUUGUGCUGCUCGGGCUGCUCUGGAUCAUGCAGGGACAGUCGGGGCUCCUGGGGUCCCUGAGGUCGCUGCUCUGGAUCCCCGUCUCGCAAUAUUCGUACAGGGGACUGACGACGGCUGCAUUUAACCACGUGCAUUCCCUCAGUCUCGACUUUCAUUUGUCGAAGCGCACGGGCGAGGUUCUCUCUGCCCUCAACAAGGGGUCCGCCAUCAAUCAGUUCCUAGAGCAGGUGACUUUCCAGGUCGUCCCGAUGCUCUUCGAUCUGUUCCUGUCAAUCUACGUCUUCUAUCACUACUACGGCGCCUUUUACGCCGAGAUCAACCUGGUGGAUACUUGUUGGUAUCUCUACAUGACCAUCAAGAUGGCAUCGACGAGGGCAGACCAGAGGCGAGAGAUGACGAAUGCUGAUCGCGAAGAGGAAGCCGUCAAAAAUGACUCAAUAUCGAGCUACGAGACGGUCAAAUACUUCAACGCCGAGGACUUCGAGUCGAGGCGAUAUCAGGACAGGGUCGGCGUGUUCCAGACUGCCGAGGCCAAGGUGCAGAUGGGCAUGGUCAUGAUGAACAUCUGCCAGACCUUGGUCUUCAACCUGGGCAGAAUUAUUGCCGCCAUGGUCUGCGGAUGGCAAGUUGCCGUCGGCGUGCGGACGCCUGGUAACUGGUUCAUGAUCGUGUCCUACCUGACGCAGCUCCAGGGGCCCCUGAACUUCUUCGGCACGUUCUACCGCACAGUCCAACAGGCCAUGAUCUCUGGCGAGCGCCUGCUCGAGCUAUUCAAGAUCCAGCCCACGGUGGUCGACACCCCCCACGCCGAGCCUCUGACCAACUUUCAGGGGCACAUUCGGUGGAACAAUGUCAGCUUCGCCUACGACCGGCGCAAGCCGGCUCUGCGCAAUGUCAGUUUCGAGUGUGCACCGGGCACCACGACGGCGUUUGUCGGCGAGUCGGGCGGAGGCAAAUCGACGCUGUUCCGCCACAUGUUCCGCUACUACGACUGCGAUGAGGGCAGCAUCGAGCUCGACGGCAAAGAUGUAAAGGACCUGACUAUUAAUUCCGUGAGGCAGCAUAUAGGCGUUGUGCCCCAGGACACGACUCUGUUCAACGAAUCGCUCAUGUACAAUCUCAAGUACGCAAAUCCGGGAGCAAGCGACGAGGAUGUCCACCAGGCUUGCAUCGCGGCGAGCAUACAUGAGCGCAUCAUGUCGUUCCCCGACAAGUACGAGACGCAGGUCGGAGAGAGGGGUAUGCGGCUUAGUGGCGGAGAGAAGCAGCGUGUCGCCAUUGCACGCACCAUCCUCAAGGACCCUCGAAUCAUCAUGCUCGAUGAGGCGACAUCAGCGCUCGACACACACACGGAGCAAGAAAUUCAGGACAAUGUGUGGAAGAUUGGCAAAGGGCGGACUUUGCUUGUCAUUGCGCACCGAUUGUCCACCAUUACGCAUGCCGACCAGAUCAUUGUUCUGCAUGCGGGAGCAGUUGUCGAGAGGGGUACUCACGAGGAGCUACUGGCUGCCCAGGGCAGGUAUGCCUCCAUGUGGGAGAAGCAGAUUCGGGCCGAGAAGGCCCUGGACAAGGCACGGGAGGCUACCGUCAAGGCGGCCAAGGCACUGAAGCGCGCCAACAUGGCAGCCAAAAAGAACGCCGCCGAGGUGCACGGCGACGAUUAUCAUACGCUGGGCUCGUCCGGCACCUUGUCGGACAACGAGACGUCCAAAAGUAAGGGCGACGAAGAGAGCUCGUCCUCGUCGUCUGGCACCUCGGCGUCGUCUUCGGAUGCUGAGUCUACACACGAUGACGACCAUUCAUCAGAGCAUGGCUUCGACGAUGCGACCAUGUACAAUGGGCGACGCCCGGAACCUCGAAAUUUGGGUGUCUGA